UNCGACCUGCCAUCGCACCGCUGCCACGACCACAGAGAAAAGAUGACGCGAGCUCUGAUGCUUCUGAUCGCCGCCGCCGCUGCCUCGUCCGCGGCAGGUGCAUCUCCAUGUAGAGAUGCUGUGAAUGCGGGAUACCUGGUCGUUGCGAAUACCGUGGGCUCCAAUAAUUGCUAUCUGCAGUACAAAAAAGACUGGGACAAGUUUUCUUCGAAUUCGAAAUGCGCCAACUUAAGUGUGACUGCGUACGAUGCAGCAACAUGUGAUCCAAUUCUGUUCAAUUUCUAUAAGUGCUCGUUGCAAGCAGCCAAGCAACUGAAACCCGGCAACACAUUUGACGAUGCGGCUUUCCAGACGAUUGCGCUGAAUAACCAAUGCAGCACUGAUCCCAACUUCGCAAAGGCUUACCCGAACUGCAAAAGCUCCACCAUGAAAUAUUUGAACUUUAUCCGGUUCUGCCUGUGCCUCUAUGCUGCCGUGCCCUAACCCGCUCACCCAAUGGAGGAGAAUCCACUGACUCGGAACAAGACUGACUGAACUCGCUCUAACUCUUCGUGCACGGGAUUUUUGUAUUCCUUUAUUAAAUUUGAUGGUGUUUCUUCAA